AGGUUACAAGAAGCCCUUCUAAGGUGCUUCAGUGGAUGGAAGAUGCCACGCUCCUUCCUGGUGAAGAGCAAGAAGGCUCACACCUACCACCAGCACCGCUGCCUGGAAGAUGACCUGCCUGUCCUCACCUGGCAGCCAAUAACCUCUGCCUUCACUGCCAUAGGAGACAAGACCCCAGAGGACAUCACAAACCAGGAUCCAGAAUGUGUGGUUCCAAAACAAGAAAAGGACCCACCUGAACUGAAGGAAGAAAAUGUCCCUGUCCAGUACCUGAGCAGGAUGCUGCAAGGCCCUUCAGCUCAAGAGAUGGCCAUCCCAGGGCUGCAGAUCAAGGACUGCACCAACACAGCCAGCACCCCUACCUUCUACAAACCUGGCUUUGCCUGGGAUCCCUACCACCUGCCAUACAGCUACAGACAGAUGUCCUCCACCAUGCAGUCAGCCCUCUUGGAGCACCCAGUUAGCCUGUAUGGAAGCCACCUGCUGCCAAGCACUGACCCCCCCCUGGACUACAGCAUGCAUUACUCCUCAGACAUGGAGACCUACCACUGUGUGAAGUGCAACAAGGUGUUCUCCACUCCCCACGGGCUGGAGGUCCACGUCCGAAGGUCUCACAGUGGGAGCCGACCCUUUGCUUGUGACGUGUGCGGCAAAACCUUUGGCCACGCUGUGAGCCUGGAGCAGCACACCAACAUUCACUCCCAGGAAAGAAGUUUUGAGUGCAAGAUGUGUGGGAAGACCUUCAAACGUUCCUCCACCCUCUCCACUCACCUGCUGAUCCACUCAGACACACGACCCUACCCCUGCCAGUACUGUGGCAAACGCUUCCACCAGAAGUCAGACAUGAAGAAGCACACCUACAUCCACACUGGGGAGAAGCCCCACAAAUGCCAGGUCUGUGGCAAGGCCUUCAGCCAGAGCUCCAACCUGAUCACUCACAGCCGCAAGCACACAGGCUUCAAGCCCUUCAGCUGCGAGCUGUGUGCCAAAGGCUUCCAGCGCAAGGUGGAUCUGCGGAGGCACCGAGAGACCCAGCACAGCCUCAAGUGAGGGAUGGCUCCAGGCCAUUGCUGGAGCUCCCACUGCCAGUGCAUGCUCCAGGGAAGGAGACCCUCCCCAGCAUCUCCGUCCAGCACAGUGCUGCCCACUACAUAAAGCUCACACAGCUUCCAGGCGUCUGGCAAAGUCUUGUCAUUGGCUUUGGUGCUCUGGCACCCCAGGGCCUUGCAUAUCCCAGCAGGUGACAAAGAAGCCUGUGGGAGCUCUCACUUUUCAAUUGCAGCAGGUACCAGCCCAGACCUGUCACCAUCUGCCCAAGGGCAAACCCAGAGGAAUUCCUCCAAGGUCACUCUUACUCUGACUUUACACCACGUGCAGACCCCAGUGAGGUGAGAACUCCUGAGCUAGGGGCAGCACCCAUCUGUGCCAGGCCAGUGCUGUAACCAUGGCUGGGAAGGUAAGGCUGGGGCACACAGAUAGAUUGUGUUCAACCUGGACAGGCCUUCUGCAGAGACUUGCCCAGGUCAUAAAUUUGGGCAGCAGACACCUAAAGUAAUUUUCUUUCAGCAGAGCAUUUACUGUGCUCAAAUGACAACUUCACUGUCUUGUAUUUUUAGCCUGGAGUGGGAGGAAAAUAUUGAAAACCCAGCUCCUAUCCCUAGCUGGUAACAAGGGUCUCUAAAUGCAUUCCUCACAUGCAACACACUGCAAAGAUCUGGGGUGAGUGGCAACCAAAGAAGCUCCAGGGAGAGCCAUGCCUGGCAAAACUAACCUUGCCUAUGUCUCAGCACCAUGCUGCUCUUGGAAUCCAGGCUGCUGUGUCCCACAAUACUUCACUGCAUAGCAAUUUGAAGCUGUCCUGGGCAAUCCUGUGUCACUGCAUGGUCAGCAGUGGCCCUUGGAUAUCAAUGCUAAGCAAGAGUUCUGCUUUCCAGCCACCCUCUUAAAGGAGGAAGUGACCUGCAGACAUUGGCAGAGCAUUCAAGUACCUUACAAAUAUUUUACAGACAGAGCAGUGGUGUUUCCUCCUCCUUCCAGGUCUAGGGGCUGGUUGAAGCAAAGCAUUGGAACAAGUCAAGAGCCAGUUGCCCUCCAAGCUCUGCUGCAUUCUCACUACAAAACCUUUGGCAAGUCACUGCAGUGUGCUUUUAUUUCUCCACCCUCCUGGUGAUGUGGAGUCAUUGACUCAGGUCUGUAGAGUCCCUCCAGUUCUUAAGAGGAAGGACAAAGUGCUCUCCAUUAAGCAGGGCAUUGUGGCAGCACACAGCCCACCCCACAACUCCAUCCCUAAACAGGCACAACAACAGGGGUGGGAAGCAGCCUUGAGCAGGGGCUGUAGCACCAGCAGUUGCACUCCAAAUGCUUAUGAAGGUCACCAGCAUGGGCAAAGAAGAAACUGCCCAAGUGGGAAACUAAUUUAUUGCCAGAAGAGGUCUGUCCUGCCCUCAGCUACCCUGCCAUGAAUCCAAAGUUCUUCUCCCCAAACCCAAAGUGUACUUGCUCCUGUUCUAUGCUGUGCCUAAGCUCUUAGUCAUUAAUGUGCAUUCUGGAAGCUCAAAGCAUAGUCUGUACUCCUGCCUUUACUUGUAGCCUGUAAAUAUGUAUUUAUACUUAUUCUAAUGGAGAUUUUUAUUGCACUCUAUCAGCCAGUGACAAGAUGUACAAGCCUGCUGGGGCUGAGCUGAUAAAUCUG